AUGGAACGUCGCAUCCGCGCCCGUAUCCCAACCAUCGAACAGAUCCGGGCCGUCACCUGCCAGCCUGGCAUGUCAAUCGGCGUCAUUCAUCAUGGUCAAGAGAUCUUCAAGUACAGCACUGGCGCGUUAGAUCUCACGACGGGCCAGAAACCCGACAGUGAUACACUCUACUGCAUCGCGUCGCUGUCUAAGGCGUUUAUGGUGGCAGCCCUGGAUUUGCUCGUGCAGGAGAAGAAAAUAUCCUGGGACAGCACCAUCACUUCCAUCAUCCCCGAGUUCAAACAUGUCGACGAGCCCGGUAUAUUUGCCAAUAUGACGCUCCAAGAUAUCUGCUCCCACCGCACCGGCCUUUUGAGUCUCGACGAGAUCACACAGGGCCUUGACGCUCGUAUCUUGAUCCACAAGAAGGACGUUGUCAAGGUCUGCAAUGCAUUGCCUGUGAAUCAUGACCUCCGUACGCACUUUCUCUACAACAAUGCCAUGUACGAACUGGCCGGGAACAUUGUCGAACGUGUUUCAGGCAAGCCAACCUGGGGCGAUUUCUAUCGCGACCGCAUAUUCGACCCGCUUGGAAUGUCGAGAAGCACUGCGUUUAGAUCCGUCCACGAGACGGAUAGCAACAUCGCUACGCCGUACAUGAUUCUUACCGACGGCAGCCCAUUUCCCAUUGCGCCAACCGAGCUAUCCGCCGAUUCCAUGAAUGGCGGCUCCGGUGGUGUGCGAAGUUCAGUGAAUGACCUACUCAAGUGGUGCAAGUGCCUCCUCGUGUCUUUCGAUCCAGACUCGGCCGCGGGCAACUUGGUUCAAUUUGAGUCGCCUAUUUGGAACAGGGCCACUAUUGCCGACCCUCAAUGUGCCGAGUAUGGUGACUAUUGCCUGGGAUGGUGUCACCAUCGAACACCAGCAAAACUUGGUCUCAUCUCGCCCAAUAGGAGUCUGGAAUCUCCCACUCUCGGCUCGAGCUCCCCUUCUCUGCUUCUUUACAGUCACCAAGGCGACGUACCUGGUUACACGUGCAAUAUUUACAUCAUCCCCGAGACCAAGUCAGCCAUGGUUAUUCUCUCUAACGGUACGGGCUUAUCCGAUGCCACAGACUGGGUGGCUCAAGACCUGAUACAAACCAUGUAUGGCCUUUGCCCAGAGGUCGAUUUCGUGGGCGUGGCCACUCAAGCGCGCACCAAGUACCUCUCUCACUAUACCAAUGAUUUUAAAAUCCCUCUUGAAGAGAAUCGGCGAUUGGGCACCCAGGCCCCUAGCUUGCAGGAACUGACUGGCUCGUACGUCAUGGAUGGGCUCGACGUUGUCUGCCUCGAUAUGACUGUGGAUCCCAAACAUUCAGGUAAGCUGCGAAUGAGGGUCAAUAAGCAGCCUGACCAAGAUUGGGACCUGUGGCACUACCAUUUUGACGUGUACUGCCACCUUCCUGAUACCUACGACGAAUGUCUUUCUAGGGGGCUUGACAGGACUUUGUGUUCGUCGUUUCUCAUUUCAUUCACCCGCGACUCAAAGGGAUCUGUGCAUGGUUUGUGCUGGAAAAUGGAUGGCGUGGAUGUACACUUCUCCCGCAUCUCACUUUUGUGA